AUGCCGACGAUGCCAGUGAGGAGCACAAACGUUAUGGAGGGAGCGAGCUUGAUAGGCGCGAUGUUGGCGUAUCCGAUGUACGGGACACUGGUAUGUCAGGUAUCGUCGUACUAUAAACGAUUCCCGGACGACCUAAGGCAUCUCAAAAUCUUGGUCGCGCUUAUAUUACUCACAUCAACCGCCGGUCUCAUCAUCAACGCCAAUCUUAUAUGGUAUUAUUGCAUACGACGCGGGAUUGGGGUUGAUCCCCGUGUUUUUCAGGAGUGUGAUCAUUGGACGAUAUCGGAAAUCACUUGUUUUCUUGCGGAAGGCCUAUUUCUCAAACGGAUGUGGGCUUUGUCGAGGAAGAGGUAUCCAACUGUCCUCGCGUUCAUCCCGUUUGUGCUCGGCUGGGCGUGUACGAUCGCAUACAUCCAGGGAAUGUACGUUUUCCGCCUCCCCACCACCUCUCAACCCGCCAAAUCUAACCACAUCCCACUAAAAAAAAGGUUCCGACACUGGUGUUUCCCCGACAUCAAACUCAACCGCGUCAGUCUCUCCCCUUCUCCUCCCCUUUCCCUUCAAGUUCUCCCACUCCCAACUAACCCUCCUCCCCACUUCCAGCCCUACCUCUUCUCAAGCUACGGCUUCCGCUUCCUCUCAGACGGCAUCAUCGCCGGAACGAUGUGCACCCUCCUCUACCAACAAACCUCGCACAUGCCGACGGGGUGUAUAAGGAACCGACCGAAUUUCGUGCGGAUUGUUAAUUCGUUGGUUGUUUGGACGCUUUCUACUGGGUUUGUUAUGUGGGUAACGGCUGUUGCGUUUGUGCUUACCUAUAUCCUAUUCCCGGCCACGUUCAUCUCGCUGGCUAUUUAUCUCGUUCGGGGGAACAUAUACGCCAACGCCGUUCUUGCACUCGUGGUGAUCAUGAUCUGCAGGUUACAUGUGAGAACACGGUACCGAAGAGUAGCGGACGAGGUGAUUUCACUGCAUGUUCAAGUUCAGACGGUCAAUGGCGUUGGCAAUCUGGGUGGAGGAGAUUCUGAUGGGCUUACUCGGCGUUCCCGAAGUUGA